UCGUCGACCGUCUCUACCUUUUCUCCUGCUACGACGAUAGCUACAGCUACAAUCAUGGAGUCAGAACUCGCUCCCAAGUUUGCGCCGUUCAUCGGCAUGGGCGGCAUCGCGGCUGCAAUGAUAUUUGGAUGUAUCGGUGCUGCGUAUGGUACGGCGAAGUCAGGUAUCGGCAUCGCCGGUGUGGGAACUUUUCGGCCGGAUCUCAUUAUGAAGUGUCUGAUCCCCGUCAUUAUGUCCGGUAUCCUGGCGGUUUAUUCGCUUGUCAUUGCAGUUCUCAUAGCCGAAGACCUUGCCGCUCCCUCAGCGAAGAGCUACAGUCUAUUUACAGGCUUCAUGCACCUUGGCUGCGGCCUAUCGGUGGGAUUGACUGGGCUUGCAGCUGGGUACUGCAUCGGUAUUGUUGGUGAUAGUGGCGUUCGUGCUUUUAUGGCACAGUCUAGAAUAUUCGUUGGCAUGGUGUUGAUUCUUAUCUUUGGCGAAGUUCUGGGUCUCUAUGGACUUAUUGUUGCACUUUUGCUCAACACAAAGAGUUAAAUUCGACAGCACCGAGACGGACAUGUUUUUUACUGUUUAAACGAUGUUUACAGCUGAAUGGCUCCGGUCAAUAUUCAAUAUUUUUU